GUUCUCGGGGUCUUUAUGCUGGCGCUAGUAGUGAAGACACCCCAAGGCAAGGAGGACGCAAACAACGGCGAGCUCAAUAGCUACAUAUCUCAACCUGUGAGUAGUUAUGCUGUCAUUUGAUACUGAAAUGCAAAGCAGAGGGUCAAACAAUGAUACUGGUGAAGUUUCGCCAUCCGAAACGAUGUGCUGUGCGAUGGAUGGCAUGACUGCCGACUAGAUGACGACCUGUGCUUCACUUUCUGGCUAAAGCUGCACGUUUGCACAUUUGGUGACUACAUACUUACGACGCUUUUGCUCUGACAGCAAACUCCCGACAACUCAAGAAUGGCUGACGCAGCUCGCGGACGUGGUGGAUUCGGACGGGGUCGUGGUGACAGAGGACGGGGCCGCCGGGGCCCUCGUCGUGGAGGCCGUAAGGACGAGGAGAAGGAGUGGGUUCCUGUCACCAAGCUCGGUCGUCUCGUAAAGGAUGGCAAGAUCAAGUCGAUGGAGGAGAUCUACCUGUUCUCUCUCCCCGUUAAGGAAUACCAGAUCAUCGACUUCUUCCUGCCUAAACUCAAGGACGAAGUCAUGAAGAUCAUGCCCGUCCAGAAGCAAACCCGUGCCGGUCAGCGUACCCGUUUCAAGGCUUUCGUCGCCAUUGGUGACUUCGACGGUCACGUCGGUCUCGGUGUCAAGUGCGCGAAGGAAGUCGCGACUGCCAUUCGUGGGGCUAUCGUUCUCGCCAAACUCUCUGUUAUUCCCGUCCGAAGAGGUUACUGGGGUGUCAACCUCGGUGAGCCUCAUACUGUCCCUUCGAAGGUCAGUGGAAAGGUCGGUUCCGUCAUGUGCCGAAUUAUCCCUGCGCCACGAGGUACCGGUUUGGUUGCUGCUCCUGCUUCCAAGCGGUUGUUGCAACUUGCUGGUGUCGAGGAUUGCUACACCCAAUCCAAGGGUUCAACUGCCACCAUGGGUAACUUCUUGAAGGCUACCUUCGUUGCCAUCACCAAAACAUACGCUUUCCUCACCCCCGACCUCUGGCGAGAAAUUCCCGUGUCAAAGGUUCCCUACGACGAGCACAGCGCACACCUUCAACUUGCUGCUGGCAAGAAGGCGUACUAGAUGUAUUCUUUUUAGGGUCGACUUGCUGCUUUCCGCUUAUUCCUCACUUGUAUUUUGCUCGCCUUCAAAAUACUUUCCUCUAUGGAUAGCAUCACCCACUAUGAUAUCAUGAGAAUAUGAUACAUGCUUUCCGCCACAAUCACGUUGGAUGAAAUGCUGUUGUUGAGCAGGUCAUGUAGUCAUCAGUCAUAAGGUGUUGGAAAGGCGAAAUAUGAACGGUAUACUGUAUCUGCGGUCUAUUGAUACAAUUGCGUAGUACUUUUGACAUCCUCUAUUUCCUCGGCGUAUCCCAGAUAUGUAAGCCAAGCUUUAAAGCUAUGAGCUUCUGAGGGAGCACCCCGGCUUACAAGACUGCGGGACACCAAUACACCGGAUCUGAAGUUAGAAACUUCGCCCAAAUGCAAGUAAUUUCUCUCGUAUUGAAGCAGUAGCAAAUCCUGAGCGUCAACAAAAGAACAAAGCUGCAGAGA